AUGAACUCGUCGACUGAACUCAAGAAGUACGGCGGGAACAGCGCCCUAUACCUGAUGAUCGACCGGUCGCGCCAACGAAGCUUCUUGCGGAGAAAUAUUAAGCAAGCGCUUGAUCAGCACGGUCAGGACUUGCGCACCUCUCAAUCAAGCGCCAACGACAGCAUGUGUGGUGAUGCAUGCGAAAAGGCCUGGAGUUUGCCUGACAAAGCGACUAUGGCGGCUUUGGCCGCAAAAAAGAUCCCGGUGCUAAGGAUGGAGGUCAAACAACUCUUUCCGACGGGAGCAAACAGCAACUUGGUUCAAUCAAAAGUAAAGACAAAGACCUACGCUGCCCCAUGUAGACUUAUAUCCAAAGUCUACCACAUUACUACGAAGAAACGACCUGGCGCUGACAGAGUCUGGGACGACAUCCACACGCAUACUGCGCAUGCCAUGAUUCAAGCAUGGCGCACUGGUGACAACGAAGAGUUCAUCUCCGUGAGCAUGGACGAGCCGGUAUUGGUCUCAGCAGAGCAGCUCAAGAUCCAAAUGCCUCUUACCUUCGGGGAAGCAUACAGGAUGAUCAUGGCGGAUGAGUACCUCAUGACUAUCAGCAUUGUGCUUGACGACCACACAGACAUGAAGGAGGUCCUUUCAAUCACGAACCCCCAGGAGAACCCGCUCCCAAGGACCGCCGGCAAGUUAAAUGCCAAAUUUGGCAACCUUCUCUAUCGUGCAGACAGAGGGUACCGCUCUCCCUUGAAUUUUACGACAGGUGGCAAAUCCUACCCCCUAGGCUUCGAUAUGUCCGUGGAUGCUGGCUGGGAGGUAUCCAAGGAGAUGCCCAUACAGGCCUACAACCAAAGAUUACGCUGCAUCCGAGGAGAACAGCUGUUAUCGCCCAUCUCGGAACCAUCGACUCACGCCCAAGCUACUCGACUAGCAUACUGGUUCAACGAUCAAGUGCGACCAAAAGCAAUAUCUGUGGAAGGAUUUCUGUGUCUUUUCUGCUCUCGACGCGACUAUCACUCGCUGGACAGAUUAUACCACCAUUUCAAAACCGAGCACGACAUGUUCUCUUUCAACUUGCAAAAGCUAGGAGCCGAUGCGCGGGCAUGCCUCCAGAGCGAAUACAAGGUCGAAGUCGACAUCUCGGACAAGUACAGUGAUCCGCGAGCAAGCAACAACGUCGCCGAUCCACGAGAGAUCCGAUGGGUCGCUCCUAAGAAGCCUUUUGACUUGGAAGCGUAUCUAAAGGGCGAUGAAUCUUGGAUAAAAGCCGGACUAGGAUUGAAAAAGAAGGCCCAUCUAGCUCCCAGGAUUGCGCCAAUUCCACAGGGAGCUGUCGAGCCAAAGAAGCCAGUCGAAGUUCCGGACAUGCCCAUAGUCGAGAAGAAGAGACACCGGGUUCCCAAGGCCCCCAAAGGCUUACGGUUCUAUAGAUCGGACUCGAAAAGAUCUCUGGAGGAAGGGGAAUACCUCAGCGAAAGCGAUGACGAGAUCUCGGAAGACUGGCUCAAGUUGCGGCGUAAUCUAGCCACCAAGGAUGCUGAGGUGGCCGUUCCUGCGAGAGUCUUCAUGAUGAAAUGGGAUGAUUACAUGCAGGACGAGCAACUCUGCGGGGAUGCCCAUCUGGGAGAUGCUGUGGUGCGAUUUGCCCGAAAGUACCGCUCUUGGCUGAAGACUCAGGAAAGGAUGGGCGAUGAAUUCCUCAGAAAGAGCUCGGAACUGUAUAGCGACAGGAUCAUAUGCAGCGAUGUCUUCAGAGCUUGCGUUGACCUCAUUGACGGUGACGGCAGUAUGAUGGACGCUUUGGUAGUAUCCGCGGAAACCAGAAAGCGGCAACCGACUCCGUCUGAUCCUGACCAUAAAGGAUCCUCAUCCCGGCAGGGUGAUCAUAGGAUGAAGCGGAAAUACAUUCCUGGAGGACCAGGCGGAGGAGGGAAAUGGCUUGACGUGUUGGACGACGACAAGAAGAGACGAAGCAAGAAGGCCAGGCCAACAAUCAGUCGGGAAACGUCAAUGCACUCGAACCAAGAGAGUGAAUACACUCUGCCAACACCUCAAGAUGCCGAAGCGGGCUUUGAUUGGAUAGAAGAGGCCAGACAGGACAACUCAACCAAGCCACCUCUGCCAGAGGAAUCUCCACAUCAGCCAACGGCCGCGGUCCAGAGCGGGUGCACAUGUGGCAAAGUCGUCGACGACGACGUUGCAUCUAUUUCGUGCGCUAAUCUGGUGAGUGCCAUAACAUGCGGCUUUAAUUCAGCACGAGUAACUUUGGUCACAGGACUGCCAUCGGAGAGAGUACCACCUGAAGUGUGUCGGACUCACACGCAGGAGACCGAACUGGUUCUGUGUCGAGUGCAUGUCAUGAAGGACAGACGUGAUCAGGCUGUGGUGACUACGAGCUACUGCCGAUCGGGUUAG